AUGAUAAUUUGCAAAUUCGCAAGUCACUUCGAAGUGACUCAGGAAAUUUUCCUGUUUAUUGCACGAUGGUCCGAAACGCUGUUGAAUCCCUCUCAUGUGCUUCGUGGCGAGAAAUUGAAGAAGGAUCGUAUGACCUCUGCAAACCCUUAUUUGCAAAAUUGCGCACCUCUCGAGAAGUCCACCCAUUGGGGCCAGUACAAAACAAAAUACAACAGUGCCACCCAAUUAAACGUUUCAGAAAAAACGUAUCAACCGUAUCAACCACAUACAAUGACGAUCAUCAACGAUCAAACCAGUCCCCAAAUAAGUCCCACAUUACCAAAUCUACAGUUAGAUAUGGAAAUAUUCUCCGAUCUAAGUACAUACUGCAAACAGCCAACAACUGUAACUACAUCACAAAGUAUACAAAACAGUCAGGAUGAACUAAACACACCGGUAUUUGAACAUAAGGCGCCAUUUGACUUUGAUCGCCAAACAAAUGUCGGUUCCGAUAAUACCAUUCUGUCUAUGGAGAAUCCACAUAUUUGUAAAGUAAAACGUGAAAUAAAUGAUCAUGAAAACAUCGUGCUUGUAAACGAAAAUAUUACGUAUCCAGUCGGAGAACUAAGCGGUGUUGCAAAUAAUUUAUUUUCUUAUUGCACAAACACGUCUGCAAAAAGCUCCGACGAUAAUACUAGUAUAGUAACCAACAGUCCGGAUUUAGACUCUUAUACUACUGUCUUGUCUCCGGACGAAGUAGAUUAUUUUUCUUAUAAUAAAAAACCAACACUAACCCCUGUCAAAUCAGAAUUUAAGACCAGUAAUUGUCACUAUUUAAAUACUGAGACGUUAAUUACAACUGAAGAUCCUAAAAUGAUUGAAGCUACGUCGUCAGCUAAUUUUCCAACACCAGAGAGCAGCAGGGAAUCUACACCAGCUCUAAAGUUUGACUUUUCACAAAAAUUCAACAAUAUUGACAGUAUACAAACACCAGACAUCAUGGACACCCUCAAUUUCGACUAUGAGAGGGACUUCAACAUUCUAAGUUACAUCAAUGAUGAGGACAUUAAAGCAGUUGCAAAUGAUCUCUUUCCUGCUAUCCAAGAGAUUCCAUCUGCUGUAACCACAAUUCCUCAAGAACCAUCAGAAAAAUCAGAGUUGUCAUACUCAUCUUUAUCGCCCGAGGAAACUCAUACUUAUGCUUUACCUCCAGAAGAAGAAGAGGAGAGGGAGUCAAGUAAAAAAAUUUCUCGAAAGAGGCGGAUGAAAAGGGAUGAUGACGAUGACGAAGAUUAUGUCCCACCCUCUCACAAAAGAACAUCACGUGGUGGUAAAGCAAAAAGGAUGAUGUUGGACAUGGAGAUAAAUAGACAUAUUUUGGAAGAACUGAACAGUACAAAACGACGUGGUCGACCACCAAAGUCGAGAAUCUCCUCCAUAUCAUCAGAUUCGUCAGAAUAUUUAUUAAUCGAUACAGAAGAAUCGAAAUAUCGUGAAAUGCGCGACAAAAACAAUGAGGCAUCAAGAAGAUCGAGGUUUAAAAGGAAACUGAAAGAAAUGGCGGUCGAAAAUGAGGCGGAUGAAUUGGCUGAGAAGAACAUCAAACUCAAAGCACAAGUUGAAGAAUUGGAAAAGACUGUUACGACCUUCAGAAGUAAUUUAAUGAAAUUGCUAAUGAAUAAAUAACAUUAUUACAUUAAAGGCAGUUAAUUACAUCGUACAUCAUCCACUACUACUUUGCCUACCUGACUAGCUAUUUGUUAAUUUUAAGUUUUUAAGUUUAAUGUUAAGUUUUGCAUGUAUGUAUGUUGUACCAACAGGGGCGUGUUUACUAUAAUCGUUUUAAAUAUGUUAA